CACCCUACCUUUCACCGAAAAGUGCAAGCACACCUGCAUUUUUUUAAUCUUGACUUUAGAUUUAGCACAUUAUAAACACUCAUUAAGACAGAGAAGGUGGUCCUUAAAGAAACUAUAUUCCCAGUUUUUGGUUUGUGACUGGAACGACAGAGGUUGUUGUUGUUAGGAGCAGAAGCAGUUAUAUUCUUGAAAGAGUGGCAAUUAUUUGGGUGUUGGUGGGAGUUGUGCAGAGCUAUCAGUGGGAAUUUUAAGGUUAAAUUGCCAGUUUUAAAAUUUUUUUGAAGACAUGGGUGUCGUUACUGUUGGUGAUUUGAAGCCAAGCAUGUCAGGGAAGAGGUCGUUUCGUCCAAGUUCCAGUAUAAGGCAUGCUGCUGAAUGGCCAAUAUCUGAUGUUUCUAGUGAUCUUACUGUCGAAGUAGGAGCCUCAAGCUUUGCACUGCAUAAGUUCCCUCUAGUUUCUAGGAGUGGAAGAAUUCGGAAACUGUUGCUGGAAGCAAAAGAUUCAAAAGUUUCGCGCAUAAAUCUCCCUGUUGUUCCUGGUGGACCAGAGGCAUUUGAGCUAGCUGCAAAGUUUUGUUAUGGAGUAAAUGUUGAAAUUACACUCUCAAAUGUAGCUAUGCUAUGCUGCACAGCUCAUUUCCUGGAAAUGACAGAGGAUUUUGCAGAGAAAAAUGUAGAAAGUCGAGCUGAAGCAUAUCUAAAGGAGAUGGUGCUCCAGAAUAUAUCAAGCUCAAUAUCUGUUCUUCAUCGUUGUGAAAGCCUACUGCCCAUAUCCGAAGAGAUCAACCUGGUUAGCAGACUUAUCAAUGCAAUUGCCAAUAAUGCAUGCAAAGAGCAGCUCACGUCUGGGUUAUUAAAACUAGACCAUAACUUCCCUGCGAAAAUGGUCCCAAGCAUAGAAACAGAAACACCUGCAGACUGGUGGGGGAAAUCACUCACAGCGCUUAAUCUUGAUUUCUUCCAAAGGGUUCUGUCUGCAGUAAAAUCCAAGGGUCUAAAACAGGAUCUGAUUAGCAAAAUUUUGAUAAACUAUGCCCACAAUUCUCUUCAAGGACUUGUUGCCAAGGACCCCCACCUGGUCAAAGGAGGCCUCUUGGAUUUGGAACUGCAGAAGAAGCAAAGAGUCAUUGUUGAAACAAUAGUUAGCUUACUACCAACCCAAUCAAGAAAGAGUCCAGUUCCAAUGGCAUUUCUUUCAAGUUUGCUGAAAACAGCAAUUGCAGCAUCAGCAUCUACUUCUUGCAGAUCAGAUCUGGAGAGGCGAAUUGGUCUGCAACUGGACCAGGCAAUUCUUGAAGACGUCUUAAUUCCAGCGAAUUCACAUGGAAACAACCACAGCACACUUUAUGAUACAGAAUCAAUCUUGAGGAUAUUCUCCAUUUUUCUGAACUUGGAUGAAGAUGACGAUGAAGAUAAUCACUUGAGGGAUGAAAGUGAAAUGGUCUAUGAUUUUGACAGCCCUGGAUCUCCAAAACAAAGUUCAAUUCUAAAGGUAUCAAAGUUAUUGGACAAUUAUCUUGCAGAAAUUGCAUUAGACCCCAACUUGAUGACAUCAAAAUUCAUAGCACUAGCAGAAUUACUUCCAGACCAUGCUCGUACAGUUAGCGAUGGAUUGUACAGAGCUGUGGAUAUCUUCCUCAAAGUUCAUCCAAAUAUCAAGGACUCUGAACGCUACCGACUUUGUAAAACAAUCGACAGCCAGAAACUAUCCCAAGAAGCUUGCAGUCAUGCAGCACAAAACGAGAGGCUACCCGUGCAGAUGGCAGUUCAAGUCCUAUACUUUGAACAAAUCAGGCUUCGCAAUGCCAUGAAUGGUGGCCACAACCAAUUCUUCUUUGGUACAAUCAAUGGUCAAUUCCCUCAACGUUCAGGCAGUGGUGCAGGAAGUGGAGCCAUCUCUCCGAGGGAUAACUAUGCAUCAGUGAGAAGAGAGAACCGAGAGCUGAAGCUUGAAGUUGCAAGAAUGAGAAUGAGGCUAACCGACUUGGAGAAAGAUCACGUGUCUAUGAAACAAGAACUUGUCAAGUCCCAUCCUGCAAAUAAAUUAUUCAAGUCAUUCACCAAAAAACUAAGCAAGCUGAAUUCCCUGUUUCGGAUUAAUGGAAUGAAGCCAAUAGGAGGAGGUAAGGCUAACUCAGAGAGUCGAUUUCCAUUUCAGAAGAGAAGGCGUCACUCAGUUUCAUGACUCUGUAAAUGUGUAAAAUUAAUAAGCAGGAGUGUAUAGUAGUGUUAUAUGUAGUAGUGUGAUUGUGCCUUAAUGUCAGAUCAAUAGCUUCUGAGUGUUGUUGAUAUUGGGUUUCUGUGUUCAGUGAUUUCUCCAUGGGGCUUUGGAGGCAGCAACCCAAAUCAAAAUUGUAUGCAAGAGGUAUGCCCGGAUGUGUGAGAAUCUUUCAAAUAUUGAAAUAGAAUUUUGGAGAAAAAAAAAA